GGUGGCCGCGCCUUCAGCUGCAUCUCGGCCUGUGGGCCCCGGCCUGGCCGCUGCUGCAUCACCGCCGCCCCCUACCGUGGCAUCUCCUGCUACCGCGGCCUCACUGGGGGCUUUGGCAGCCACAGCGUGUGCGGAGGCUAUAGGGCCGGCUCCUGCGGACGCAGCUUCGGCUACCGCUCUGGGGGCGUGUGUGGGCCCAGCCCCCCAUGCAUCACCACCGUGUCGGUCAACGAGAGCCUCCUCACGCCCCUCAACCUGGAAAUCGACCCCAACGCGCAGUGCGUGAAGCAGGAGGAGAAGGAGCAGAUCAAAUCCCUCAACAGCAGGUUCGCGGCCUUCAUUGACAAGGUGCGCUUCCUGGAGCAGCAGAACAAGCUGCUGGAGACAAAGCUGCAGUUCUUCCAGAACCGCGAGUGUUGCCAGAGCAACCUGGAGCCCCUGUUUGAGGGCUACAUCGAGACUCUGCGGCGGGAGGCCGAGUGCGUGGAGGCUGACAGUGGGAGGCUGGCCUCAGAGCUCAACCACGUGCAGGAGGUGCUGGAGGGCUACAAGAAGAAGUAUGAGGAGGAGGUUUCUCUGAGAGCAACAGCUGAGAACGAGUUUGUGGCUCUGAAGAAGGAUGUGGACUGCGCCUACCUCCGCAAGUCAGACCUGGAGGCCAACGUGGAGGCCCUGAUCCAGGAGAUCGACUUCCUGAGGCGGCUGUAUGAGGAGGAGAUCCGCAUUCUCCAGUCCCAUAUCUCAGACACCUCUGUGGUUGUCAAGCUGGACAACAGCCGGGACCUGAACAUGGACUGCAUCGUCGCUGAGAUUAAGGCACAGUACGACGACAUUGUCACCCGCAGCCGGGCCGAGGCCGAGUCCUGGUACCGCAGCAAGUGUGAGGAGAUGAAGGCCACGGUGAUCAGGCAUGGGGAGACCCUGCGCCGCACCAAGGAGGAGAUCAACGAGCUGAACCGCAUGAUCCAGAGGCUGACGGCCGAGGUGGAGAACGCCAAGUGCCAGAACUCCAAGCUGGAGGCCGCGGUGGCCCAGUCUGAGCAGCAGGGUGAGGCGGCCCUCAGCGACGCGCGCUGCAAGCUGGCCGAGCUGGAGGGUGCGCUGCAGAAGGCCAAGCAGGACAUGGCCUGCCUGAUCAGGGAGUACCAGGAGGUGAUGAACUCCAAGCUGGGCCUGGACAUUGAGAUCGCCACCUACAGGCGCCUGCUGGAGGGCGAGGAGCAGAGGCUGUGUGAGGGCGUUGGCUCGGUGAAUGUCUGCGUCAGCAGCUCCCGCGGUGGCGUCGUCUGUGGCGAUCUCUGUGCCUCCACUACUGCCCCUGUUGUCUCCACCAGAGUCAGCAGCGUCCCCAGCAACAGCAACGUGGUGGUGGGCACCACUAACGCUUGCGCCCCCUCCAUCGGGAUGGGCGCCUGCGGCGGCAGCUGUAAGAGAUGCUAGGAGGCUGCGGCCUCCGCCAGCGCCUAUAGCCAUCACUCUCCACCCAGCCAGUCCUCGGGCUGCCGGAACGCGCCGCCCUGGCCGGCCUCCCAAGAGCCGCCGCCAACUGCGUGCACUCUAAGUGCCCUCCCCACCGCUCCGCUCUGGGAGCCAUCCCUGGUUGCAGGAGUCUGGGGAGGCCCGGCCAGCGCCGUGGUCUCUCUCUCUCUAGCCUUUCCUGGUAGUCAAUUUGUUGUCCGGAGGAUUCAUCCUUUUCUUCUGCCUACCUUCUGUUUUUUUGGCUGUAUGCAUUGGUCUUGCCUGACCUCUUCCCCAAAGCUUGGAGGAACGGGGGAGGCCCGGUAAUGUCCCUGUCUGCACGACCUGGGACUCUGCCCAUGCGCUUCUGCCUGUGGAAUGGAGACGCCUACCCUGGAUGGUGGUUCUGUGACUCUGCCAGGGACAGGCCCACGUGUGGGGAGAACAACUCCCUUAGGGGGAUGCCCUCAAGAGCUUCUGAAAAACUAAUGACUCUGCUGCCUUCUCCUUUGUCUUUGUUUCACUCUGUGUUUCCAAUAAACUCAUUGUAGCGCAUCAA